GACAAAAUGGAUUUCUAUUUGAAAACAGACGCAGGAUUACAAGACAAGAUGCUUUUGAUGUGAAACAUGCGAAUCUUUUUAAACUUGAAAGUCCGUGUUACAAGAACAGUUUUACUCCAUUCUCAAAGAGAACAGAAAAUAUUCCCGCAACUAAUACGUUUGUGCAGCACAACACGUACAACAUUCCCUCCCGCUUCCCCCAAAAUGGACCUUAGCUUCGACCACUUGCCUAUCAGGGGAAGUGUGAACUACCACAAGAGUCUGGAGAUUGACCUGUCCAAGCAGGAGUCGAAGGAGUUCGAGGACAUGUCACGUGACAGAGACACUGAGAGCGUGAAGGAGGGACUGAAAAAGUGUCUUGAAGAGUCUGAGAAGCACAGCCUACAAGGUGCCUGGUUAAAAAUCCCAGUGGCGUUUGCAUGGACAUUGCAGAGUGCGGUGGAUGCUGGCUUUGAGAUGCACCAUGCACAGAAGGAGCACGUGAUGAUGAGCAAGUGGCUCAACAAAGACAGAGUGGACUCCCACCCCAUAUACGCACACCACUUCAUCGGAGUUGGUGGAAUCGUAGUGAAUGAAAAGGAUGAAGUUCUUUGUAUCAGAGAGAAGUACGUGGGGGAUCUGAAGCAUGCCUAUAGUCAGCUGUGGAAACUUCCAGGGGGUCACGUGGACCCUGGGGAGGAUCUAGGCACAGCUGUGGAGAGAGAAGUGUCAGAGGAGACCAAUAUUAAAGCCACGUUCAAAGGAUUAUUAGCAUUUCGUCAUAUGCACCAGUUCAGAUAUGGGUGUUCAGACAUGUACUUUUGCUGCCUUCUCUCAGCUGAAGACACUGAUAACCAAACUAUCAAGAUAUCUGAGUACGAAGUGCACGAAUGCAAAUGGGUGCCAAUCUCUGACUUUGAGCAACUAAAUCUAUCAGAGCUGAACAGAUUGUUUUUCAAACAGUAUCUCCAAUAUAGAAAAACAGGAGUGUUUAUGAAUUUCACUUAUAAUCAGAAUGUCAGAAGGAAGACUACAGAUAUUGUGUAUUAUUCUGACCCCGGUGGUUCCGGAUCAGCAGACCAAGACGUCGAAUAAUCACUCUGACUUAUGUAUCAGAUAAUCUAUCUCAGAUGCUAAUGUUUUACUAUCGUGUACCAUGUUUCAUAUUAAUAUUAAUCAUAAUAAAUUGUUUUCAAAUCAA